UUUUACAAGUUUUUAAUACUCGCUCUUCUGGGACUUAUUUGCAUCUUUUAAGAAGCUAACGAACCCCAAUCGCACAAAAGACACAAUGAAUGCUAAUAGCUUUCUCUUCGACAUUGUCGUCACAAAAUUAAAUGUGGCCAACAUGGCUGUUAAUGAUGGCAGUAAAUUGAAAGUGUUGGCAAAAUUUUAUAAAAACGAAAUAUGCCUAACAUCUAGCCGCAUUAAUGUAAAUGAUUUUCAGGCUGGCUCAGCCACAGAAUUCAGCGCGUCGGUAAGAAGGUUACGCGAAACCCUCAGACAGUGUGGGCUGGCCAUGGCCAUAUAUAACGAUUCUACGGUUGUGGGCAGAGCUCAGAUAUACUUUCCUGAUAGAUACAUCGAACGUAUUGAGAGAGACAUGUGUGACCUCAUCCACACAGAGUCCGUUGAGAUCGUGAGCCAAAGUCGAGUUGUGGGUACGAUAGAUAUUCGCUGCCGUCUUAUUAUGAAAUGCGAUAAUGACCCGCUAGACAAUAACAUUAACAAGCAGGAUAUCAUGUUCCUUGUCAGCAAUUCACAGCACUGUCACAAUAGCUGCGAGCCUUGUGUAGAGGAAUGGGAAUCGAGUGAUUUCGAUAAAUGCCUGGACUUGGAUUUGAAACGCUAUCAACGCUAUAACGUGAAUACUGAUGAAGAAAAGUACUCGAAUAUUUUUAUAAAUAACAAUAAUGUUAUUGACGCCCUCAGGCCACUUAAGAAAUUGGUAGAGGACUGCAAGAACAUUAUUGAAUCUAUAAAUUUGAAAAGUGGUUGCGGUGAUUCAGGUUUUAAUUCAAGAGACAAAAACUAUCCUGUUAUAUCCGUAGCUCACCGUAGCUCGGACUUAACCUCUGACAAGCUCGUUGAUUGCUGCCGUCCGAAGCCGCCAGACAUGAUCGUCAUUAAUGAAAAUAACCAACAGAUAAAGCCCAUUCGUUUCUGUCCUCUCUGUCUGAACAAUAUAUCCUGGCUACCAAAAUUCGCCGCAUGCCCCAAGUGCGGCGUCAAGUCCAUACCGGUUAAAAAUGAAUCUGACGACACGAAUAAUCUGUCGGCCGAUCAAAUAUUGAAGGAUUACCUAGGUAAGCCCCAGGCUAACACACUAGAUUGGUCGGCCGAUCCCAAUGAACGGGUAAUUGAAAAGGAUGUUACCCAAAAACGCCAGUCCAGAUGUAGGUGCUCCUGCGAAAACAAACUGUGUGCUCACUGCCGAAUACGUAAGCUGUGCUCUGAUAUCUUUAAAUCUUCUGAAGUGUCUGUUAAGCAACAGCCGUCCGACCAUUGUGUAAAAUCUGAGGACUCUCGUCCACAUUUGGCCAAAGUAUUUUCCGAUCUACGCGAUCUGUAUAGUGUAAAGGACGCCAGAGACCGUUCGCUGCUCGAUCAUCAGUGUAAGGAGAGAAAAAACAAUACAAAUUUAGACACCGUUCCUAAAAAAGAAAAAACAGUAUCUGGGGAUAAUAAACAACUCAACGGCUCAAACAUGAGUCUCAAGGACAAUAGGAAUCAGAAUGCAACAAAGAGACGGCGGACAACUCAGAGAGCCUGCGCGAGACAGCAGGCUUUGGUCUCGCGUCGUCAUGGCUGGGAUUGGUCUUCUACCCAGGAGGCCCGCAAAUACGGUUGGAAACCAGGUGCAAUACUCCGGCCCAUCAAAAAGCUAAUGGACUACUUUUUGUAUUACCUGCCCGCUGAAAAAGCCAAUAUGCGUAGGGACAGAUUGCAAGCCGAGCAGGAAAUGAAACAUCUGCCGCCGAUUCUACAAGUGAGUAAGAAAGCAGGCGAAACCUACAUAACUCUGCGAGCAGUGAAUGACGGUAAGUUGGAGAAGAGCUCUAUUGUGUUUAAGAUAGUGAAGAGCGAUUUUGCUGUGACUUUAAACGACAUCAAAAAGAGACUUAAGGCCCAGGGCUUUCGCAAGUGCACCUGUCACAAGUCGUUGAUGAUGUGCGUCUGUCGCAGCAUUGUUGAGAAAAAGCAACAUACCCAAUCAAACAUAGUAGCUACUGGCGUGCCCACGACUGUGCUGCCGGUGGUCGGUACACGGGCAGAGUCCUCGGCGCACCAGGAGAGACGAUGUUUGAGGAAGGUUUCUCUGGGCACAUGGGUGGCGAUCCGCACGGUGUUAAUCUAUGGAGGAAUCACUUUGGCGCGCGCACCCGUUCUGUGCGAGAUUCUGACAAUGUAG